GAGCGAGUGUUCCUUUUAUCUCUACUUCUCAUGUAGCGUCUAAAAACCUUUCUGCACGUGUGCGUUUGUAUUUUAUUUUAUUCUACGUAGCAUACGUAGAAUAAAAUAAAAUCUACGUAGAUAGAUUUUAUUGUCUAUAUCUCGUACAAUAUAUCACAAUGGUUGUGAGAGGAAAAAAAAAAUACGCGUCAGGUGAGGGAGCUCAGUUUAUCAGCAGAAGGGCUGCCGUCAGAAAAUUGCAGCUGUCGCUGAAGGACUUCCGCAAAUUAUGCAUAUUGAAAGGUAUAUACCCAAGGGAGCCGCGUAACCGUAAAAGGGCGCAGAAAGGUGAUCCUGGCAUCAAGAUCUUGUAUCACAAGAAAGACAUUCAGUUUCUGAUGCACGAGCCGAUCAUAUGGAAACUACGAGACUACAAGAUAUUCAAUCGGAAGAUCGGGCGGGCGAAAGCCAUGAAGGACUUCGCCAAAGUGAAGCGAUACUUACACAACCAUCCCACGUUGAAACUGGAUCACAUCGUUAAGGAACGUUAUCCGACGUUCAUAGAUGCGCUGCGCGAUCUGGAUGACUGUCUGACCCUCUGCUUCCUGUUCAGCACGUUUCCGUCGUUGCCUCACAUACCAAGAGACCAAUCGCUGCUGUGCAGAAGACUAACCAUCGAAUUCCUGCAUGCUGUUAUGACUGCGAGAGCGCUGCGCAAAGUAUUCGUGUCCAUCAAAGGAUACUAUUACCAAGCGGAGUUGAAGGGCCAAACGAUAACGUGGAUAGUGCCGCACCAUUUCGCCUUCGAGCCGCAGGCGAAGAACGAGGUCGACUUCAAGCUCAUGUCGACGUUCGUCGAAUUCUACAUCAUGAUGCUCGGCUUCGUGAAUUACAGGCUGUAUCACAGUCUUAACAUGCACUAUCCUCCAAAAUUGAGCUUCACCGGAGAUACCGAGAAGAUGCUGGUGGAUGAAGAAGCUUACAUGUCGGAGAGAAUAAGUGCAUUGAAUGUACCACUGACCAACUUGGAUGCCUCAACAUCGACUGGAGACCCAGUCGAGAUUGAUCAGUUCUCAAGUGAAACAGAUCCGGCCAAAAUAGAGGCUGCCAGGCUGGAAGCUGAAAAGACACAGAAUCUAAAAUCCUUGUUUAAGAACGUAAAAGUGUUUAUUAACAGAGAAGUACCUAGAGAGCCGUUGGUGUUCAUCUUACGUUGUUUCGGCGGCCUGGUGUCUUGGGACAAACUACUCUUCGUCGGAGCCACCUUUGACGAGAAUGACGAAACAAUUACUCAUCAGAUUGUAGAUAGACCGAGCAUGAAUAAACAAUAUAUGUCCAGAUAUUACGUACAACCGCAGUGGGUUUUCGAUAGCGUAAAUGCGAGGGAAUUGCUGCCUGUACAGAAGUACAUAAUGGGUGCGAUGCUUCCACCUCACCUCUCGCCGUUCACCGAGAGCCGGCAGGAUCAAACUUACAUUCCUCCAGAGGAACGUGCUCUCAUGGAUCCUGAUUUUAAACUGAACGAUGCGGAAAACGAAUUGGACGAAGAGGCAGAGAAGGACGAUGAAGAAGAAGAAGAAGAAGAAGAGGAAGAGGAAAAGGAGGAAGAGGAGGAAGAAGAAAAGGAGGAAAUGGAAAUUGAAGAUCUGAGUGCGGGAAGUGCAGAGGAAAAUGAAGAUGAUGACGACGACGACGAUGAUGAUGAUGAUGCAGAGGAAGAUGAGAAAGAUGAUGAGCAGGCCGAUGCACAAACUAUUGAGAAACUAUCAAAAGAGAAGGAGAAGGAAAAGUUCCGAUUGGAACAGAAGAAGAAUAUGCAGGUAAAGAUUGGUGAGAGAACGAAGGUGGAUCCGUGGGAGAAAGCUCGACAAGAGAAGCAAGAGUAUCGUCUGAGGGAGAAGAUGAUCAAGAAGAAACAUCGCAAGUUGUAUAGAAGCAUGAUGAAGGGCCGAGAGGAUAGAGCGAAGCAAAUUUGGCUGUUGCGGAAAAAGAGGCGCAUCCACGAUACUAAUGAAAAGGAGAAGCGAAAGGAGCAACAAAAGACGAAUCAUUCGAAAAAAAGUCCAAAAAUAAGGUGUAACGAUGAAUUAAUUUGAGUUCGACAUAAAGCGGUAUUUUUUUGCUCACAUGAAAAUUAAUAUUGUACGUUAAUCACACGUAAAAUAUAUUACAACAAUUAUUCUACGCAACCACUGCACAUUACAUCUAUGUUCAGCCAUUAUUUUGGACCUUAAAAUAAAUUUUCCAACACUUAAAUCUA